CCCCCAGUCUGGGUGACGUUCAAGAGCAACUGCUGGAGAAUAACGACAAAACUAAAGUCAAGAUGUCUGUCCUGACCUUCAAUGCUUCUCACCUCCAUGAUGGAGAGAAUAUCUCCUGCACUGUGGUCUACAAGAAACAAGAUGGCAGCAGAGAUGCAUCUGUGAGCAGUUUAACAGCUGCUGUUUUCUAUUCACCCAAAGACACCACAGUGUCAGUCAGCCCCUCUGGUCCAGUCCAACAGAGCACUAUUGUGACUCUGACAUGCACAAGUAAUGCAAACCCAGCAGUAAAGAACUUCACCUGGUACAGAGAUGAUGGAAGCCAGGAGACUGUCAUUGGAACCAAAGAAGUUUUAAACAUUCAAGCAUCUGAAGUCAGUCGGCCGUUUUUCUGUGAGGCUGCAAAUGAUGUUGGAGUUGGACGUUCCAACCUGAGUCACAUAGAUGUUCAGUUUCCUCCACAGAUCCUGCCAUCAUCUGAUUGCACCACAACUGCAGGCCAGCUCAACUGUUACUGUGAGACUGUGGGAAAUCCUUUUCCCACUUUACACUGGUCUUUGGAUGGUCAACCUAUCAGUCAGUCUGACAAGUUUGUGAUCAGCAGUGAGCGUCUAAAUGAUGACAAAGGUCUGAGGAGCUUCAUCACUGUGGAUCAACCACAAGAGAUGGAUCGUUCCACCUUGAUGUGCCACAGCUUCAACUCUCUUGGAUCUGCCAGUCAACAAUUCCACUUUGAGCAUCAAAUCAAUGGCUGA